AUGAAGCUGAAGAGGCGGAGCUCUGCGUCUCCUUCCCUUUCUUCUAGGGCUCCUGUCGAUCCUGAAAACCCUGAGCCCGUCAGCAACAACGGUCUCGGGCUCCGAUCAUCGUCGUACGAUUCGCUCAAUAACCUAACCGGUAGCAUCGACAACAUGAAUGCAGAUGUCAAACAGCUCUUCCUAUCUUCCCAGAGAGAUCUUCGGGAAAACCCUGAUCUGCUCAACCUCAUAAACGAUUUCUUCGACAAGAACACCGCAUUAUCCGUUUUCUGCGAGUCUCUGAAACGGUGCCUGGAGAAAGCUGCUGGCAAAGAAGCCCUAGUUUUCAAAGCUUUGUCGGAUUUCAUGGAGGAGAAACGGGUCUCUGGAGAGGAAGGGAGUUUCAGUAAAACUCUCCAAAGUCUUAGGAGCUUCAGAGAUUUCUCCAGCUACGACCCUUUCGCCGGAGAAUUCGCCGAACUGUACAAGAGCUGUCACGACGACCUCGUCAGGCUGAUCGCAAAACUGAAAGAGACGAUCAAAACACUCGACAGGGAACUCCAGAAAACACGCUGGUACCGGAGGUUUAUGAUAAUGGUGUUGAUUGCGGCGGUCUCCGCCGUGAUUGUCGGCGCCAUCGUGGUUGGUGUAACGGUGGCUCCACCGUUGAUGUUUGCGAUGGGAACCGUCGUGCCGUUCGUGCCGAUAGGCUCUCUGGGUGUUUUCUUUUCCACCAUGCUGCAGAAAUCGCGAAACGCACUGAAACGCCAAAACGCAGCGAUGAGUUCGAUGGAGCGAGGGGUGAGUCUUGCGUUGAGCGAAGUCGACAAAAUCAAAGGUCUGGUGGAUAAGUUCGAGGAAGCAAUGAAAUCAAUGGAGGAGACGAUGGACACGGCGGCGGCGGCGGCAGAGAAGAGAUCGCUGCUGGAAAAGGCGAUGGCUAAGGUGGAGGAGGACUUGCAGACGUACAAAAAAGUCAUCAGCGAUCUGCAACGCGAAGGGGGGGAGUGCGAUCAGAACGCGCGUUUGAGCCGAGAAGUUGCUCGUGACAAGAUUACUCAACUUCUGUCUGAAUGA